CUUUUCCUUUCUUUCUGCUUCUCCGCGAUCAUUCCCAAAAAUCUAAAAAGCUAAAUUUCACAUUAACCAAAGCCAUUGCUUUCGAGAUGAGCACGGGGGAGCUCCUUGGCAUCGAACCUCUCGAACUCAAGUUCCCCUUUGAAUUGAAGAAACAGAUCUCGUGUUCGCUUCAACUGUCUAAUAAGAGCGACAAUUAUGUAGCUUUCAAGGUGAAAACGACGAAUCCGAAGAAGUAUUGUGUUCGUCCGAACACCGGAAUUGUCUUGCCACGGUCCACAUGUGAUGUUACGGUUACCAUGCAAGCACAGAAGGAGGCUCCUCCUGACAUGCAAUGCAAGGACAAGUUUCUGCUUCAGAGUGCAAAAGCAAACGAUGGUGCAACCACAAAGGAUAUUACCCCAGAAAUGUUCAAUAAGGAGGCUGGACAUGCGGUUGAGGAGUGCAAAUUGAGAGUUGUUUAUGUUUCUCCACCCCAACCACCUUCUCCAGUACAAGAAGGCUCAGAAGAAGGGUCUUCACCUAGGGGUUCUGUUUCUGAGAAUGGAAAUGCAAAUGUUGCUGAGUUCACCAAUGCUGCAAGAUCAUUUGUUGAUCAGCCUGAGUCUCAAGACAAGUCUGCAGAGGCAAAAGCUCUUAUUUCCAAACUGACCGAGGAAAAGAACAAUGCUAUUCAACAAAAUAACAAGCUUCGUCAGGAAAUGGAACUGCUGAGGCGUGAAGGCCAUAAGGGUGGUGCUGGUGUCUCCUUCCUAUUCAUCAUCAUUGUUGGAUUGAUUGGCAUAAUCUUGGGAUAUCUAAUGAAGAAGGCAUAAAAGCUUGUGCCUGCAAUACAUCUUUUGCAUAUAUUGUCCUUGAUUUUCUUUUUCUUCCCAAUCAUUGAAGAACAAUGAUGAGAGGAAAAAGAAGGUAACUCCCCAAGGGUGGUGCUAUUGUUGGUUGUUAGCUUCGUGGAAGUAGUGAACUACUUGUUUAGGUGCAGUCAUGGGUUCAUUUUCCUAUCUUUUUACCUAAUUAUCAAACUAUUGUGAGGCAACUCAUUUUUUUCUGUAACAUGCAAUUUUUUUUUUUUUUUUUGUAACUUAAGAGGGUGGUUUUAUUUGUUUCUUUUAUGUUUCAACUUGACAUAUAUGUUCUGGACCUUGUUGAUUGAUAAUGGUACUAGAGGUCACCGCCAAUAAUAUUUAUACAUCCUCAGUUUGCUGGA